CGCGCCGGGGGAGUCAAGAUGGAGGAGUACGCGCGAGAACCUUGCCCUUGGCGAAUUGUCGAUGAUUGUGGUGGGGCCUUUACGAUGGGUACCAUAGGUGGUGGAAUCUUUCAAGCAAUAAAAGGUUUUCGCAAUUCUCCAGUGGGGGUAAACCACAGACUGCGGGGGAGUUUGACAGCUAUUAAAACCAGGGCUCCACAGUUGGGAGGUAGCUUUGCAGUUUGGGGAGGUUUAUUUUCCAUGAUUGACUGCAGUAUGGUUCAAGUCAGAGGGAAAGAAGAUCCCUGGAACUCCAUCACAAGUGGUGCCUUAACAGGAGCCAUACUGGCAGCAAGAAAUGGACCAGUGGCCAUGGUUGGAUCAGCCGCGAUGGGUGGCAUUCUCCUAGCUUUAAUUGAAGGAGCUGGUAUCUUGUUGACAAGAUUCGCCUCUGCACAAUUUCCCAAUGGUCCUCAGUUUGCUGAAGACCCUUCUCAGUUGCCUUCAGCCCAGUUACCAUCCUCACCUUUUGGAGACUAUCGACAAUAUCAAUAGGACUUCUUUCCCAGGAUUUCUUUAACAGAAUGAGCUGUAGUUCAAGAAAGAAUCUCAGAAGAUAAGUUACAGUCUGUUUUUAAAACCAUAGGUGGGACAGCUAUGGCCAAAUAGGCUUUGAAGAGACACCUUAGCUCUUUUUUCUAUUUAAGGGAACAUGGGGGGGGGCAGAUGUUAAAUGUAAUACAUUUAUUUAUUCACACUUGGAUUGCAUUUGUGAUAAAAAUAAAUGUCUGAUAUCUUUAAAAGAAAAUAAAAUAAACGCUUAGAAGGUGAAGGACCAAAGGGCAAACAACAAUGAAGCGUGACCAUCGUUUCCUUGGGGACUUCUCUGCCUGGUUUUGUGUUGUCAGCCAAACAAUAAAAAACUCCUGGAACUUGC